AUGGUGUUCAACCCAGCAAAGCAGGCGUUCUCAGAGCGCUGUGUCCUGCAGAGGUGGCAGCUGAAGGUGGCCUACGACGGCUCCGAAUUCCGGGGCUGGCAAGCAUUGGGCGAUCAAGGCGUCCGCACCGUUCAUCGAACACUCACUGCUGCUUUGAUGGCCUCGCAUCCGCUUCACAGUCGCCAUCGACAGGCUCCUGUGCUGGUGGGUUGCUCCCGCACCGAUCGGGGCGUGCACGCAGAGGGGCAAGUGGCCCACGUCGACUUACUGAGCCUUCCAGACUUGGAUGCUGAGACGCUGAGGCUCGCCUCGAUGCUCAAAACGUGCCGUUGUCCGUUGGAGGCGCCGGGUCAACCGCCGGCUGCCACAAGACGUGUAAACAACAGCUUCCACGCACGGAAGAGUGCUUUGCGCAAGCGGUAUCGCUACGACCUGCUGCUGCAUCCUCGGGCUUCGCCGUUCGAUGCACGAUUUGUGUGGGCGGUGGGAGACCUCGGAGCCGGCGUGAUAUCCGAGGGAGCUCGGCAGCUCAGCGGCCAGGCCGUGGACUGCAGCCUCCUCACCGUGAACUGGCGUGCUUCCUGCAAAGCCGACACGGAUGAGUUCGACGAGGACUACUACGGAUCAUUGACGAAGCGGCUGUUCAUCGAAACAAGUUUGGACGCUGCGGCAGAGAAGCUGAGCGUGCGCUUGGAGUGCGAGGCAUUCCUGUACAGGAUGGCUCGAGUGGUUGUCUCUGCCCUCGUGGCCUGCGCGCGAGGGGUGAUCGGUGUGGCUGAUCUCCAGGAUGCUUCUUCUCCGUCCUUCGCCAAAGCCUUGCGGAGGGUUAAGGGAAGGAUAGCGCUGGCGCCUCCAAACGGCCUGUUCCUGGAGGAGAUUGCGUAUCCAUCCGAUGGACGAUGGGAAACGCCAGCGAAAAAGUAG